CUCGCUGGCAAAGAUUCGCUCACUCUCCUUUUAUUCUCUCUCUCUCUUUUGUCUUUCGACUACAAAGAAACCUAAGAUUCACUGCCAUGCUUUUCUUGAUCUCGCUUUAGGCCCUUCCGUCGUGACUAGCUAAGACAUAGGAUUGAAACUCCCACUGUUAUUUUUUCAUGGGCUGUACAAACUCAAAGCUUGAUGACCUCCCGGCGGUGGCGCUGUGUCGCGACCGGUGUGACUUCCUCGAUGAAGCGAUUCACCAGCGGUACACUCUCGCCGAAGCUCAUGUGGCGUACAUGCACUCUCUCAAAGGCGUCGGACUUUCUCUUCAUCGAUUCUUCGAUCAUGAUCUCGAUGGUUUCACUCCUGGACCCCCUUCACCGGUUUUAAAACUUCCGACUCAGCGAAAAGGCCAUACUGAACCGUUCGGUUCACCUGCAAAGGCGGCGAUUCGUCAUUCUCACUCUAAUUCUGGUUCGCAUCUUCAUUUUCAUUCGGGUUCGGAGGAUGAAGAUCCAGGUUCGGAAUCUCUGCAUCACCACCACUCGGAGAAUAAUGCUUUGCCCGUUCAACAGCAUCGUCACAUUAGUUAUGCCGAUUCCGAUACCGAUACCCUAGGGUUGUUUCCUGAAUAUAAUGGAUUGAUGAGCUUGAACAUCAAUUAUAUGAAGAACCAAACAACCCCGUCGGUGGUGUAUGAGCAACGGCCAAUAAGUCCCGAGAUUGUACGUAUGGGCGAAUCUUCUUCAUACGAUCUUUAUUCGUACAAUAAUGCAAACCCCAGCACUUAUUCGUACAAUAAUGCAAACUCCAGCACUUAUUCGUACUAUAAUUUUCCGACUAACGGUGGGUUCUUUGGUUCAUCGGCGCCUCUUCCGUAUAGUUAUUCAUCUCCACCACCGCCGGUGGGGGCUUCAUCGGCGUCUUCUUCUUCAAAACCGCCUCCGCCUCCCCCGUCACCACCACAGAGCUCGGCUUGGGAUUUUCUCUAUGCUUUUGAGGGAUUUGAGAAGUAUUAUCCGCCCUAUACACCGAGUCGGGACUCGGAGGUUGUAAGAGAGGAAGAGGGGAUUCCUGCUUUGGAAGCCGAGGAUUUUCGGCAAGAAGUCGCCAAGGACGUACAUGGAGAACGGAAAAUCAUGGAAGGUGGUGGCAGCUCCAGCGGUGGUGAUGGUGGUGGUAGCGGCAAUUAUGCAAAAACGACGGUGGAUGAUAAGGAUGGGAAAACAAAUGAUUCGAAGUCACUUUACCAUACGAGACCGAGUGUUUCAAUGGAAAAUGAUCCGGUGGAGUAUGAGGUGCAUGUGGUGGACAAGAAGUUGGUUGACAAUGAGGAGAGGUCAGGGGAUGGGGGCAGUGUGGCUGGUUUGAAGGGUGAUUUUGAAGUGGUAAGGGAAAUCCAGGUUCAAUUUGAGCGAGCUUCUGAGUCGGGAAAUGAGCUAACAAAGAUGCUUGAGGUUGGAAAACUUCCACAUAAUCGCAAGCAUGCCGCCUAUCAAGCUUCGAAGAUUUUGCAUGUAAAUACUCCUUCGUUGUUGGAAGUAUCGUCACGGCCUUCUACUUCUAAAAGCACUGAGCCCUCCUUUAUUGAUCCUGCUUAUUUGGAUACUGAUGAAAAUCCGGGGCUGAGGUCCAAAAAUCUUUCUUCUUCCUUGCAGAAGCUGUACCUAUGGGAGAAGAAACUGUAUGACGAAGUAAAGGCUGAGGAGAGAAUGAGGGUGCUCCAUGAGAGGAAGAGCCGGAAACUGAAGUUCUUAGGUGAAAGGGGUGCUGAGGCUCAGAAAGUUGAUGCAACAAGAACUUUAGUCAGAAGUCUUUCCACAAAAAUUCGUAUUGCAAUUCAGGUUGUUGAUAAGAUCUCGGUGAAAAUAAAUAAAUCGAGGGAUGAAGAAUUGUGGCCACAGCUAAAUGAAUUUGUUCAAGGGUUAGUGAGAAUGUGGAAAUCCAUGCAUGAAUGCCAUCGUAAUCAAUGUCAUGCUAUUGGAGAAGCUAGACGAUUAGAUGCCAUCACAUCCCACAAAGGCUUAACUGAUACUCAUCUUGAAGCUACAUUGCAGCUUGAACAUGAGCUUCUUAACUGGGCUUUAAGAUUUUCUUGUUGGGUUGGUGCGCAGAAGGGUUAUGUCAGAGCAUUAAAUAAUUGGCUUCUGAAAUGUCUGCUAUAUGUGCCUGAGGAAACACCAGAUGGUAUGGCUCCCUUCUCUCCUGGUAGGAUAGGCGCACCGCCUGUAUUUGUAAUCUGUAAUCAGUGGUCACAAACAUUGGAGAGAAUUUCUGAGAAGGAAGUGGUUGAUUCUAUGCGAGAUUUUGCCUCAAAUGUGCUUCAACUCUGGGAACGGGAUAAGCUAGAAAUGCGUCAGAGGAUGAUGGUGAACAAGGAUUUGGAGAGGAAAGUCAAGAACUUGGAGAGGGAGGAUCAGAAGAUACAGGAGAAGAUUCAGGUGUUAGAUAAAAGGAUGGUUCUGGUUUCUGGGGAUGGCAACGGUCUCCCAGUAACUGGGCAUAUAGUGUAUCAGAGUGAAACUAGGAAAAAUAGUAGUCUACAUGUGAACCUGCUAAAUAUUUUUGAGGCCAUGGAGAGGUUCACAGCUAGCAACCUGAAAGUUUAUGAGGGGCUGUUGCAACGUAUUGAAGAGGAUAAACUUGAUCAAGACAUUGAAAAAGUUUCAUAG